AUGGAGGUUCCUCGAGCAGCGUUCGAAGACACUCCAAUUCCCACACACAUGGCCGGGACAUACCAUCCAGUCUACGGGCCAUGCGUCAAUACAACCGACUCGCUGGGCAACGAAGUUGUGCCCCCACCGGCUGGGUCCCUGACGAUUUGGAGCCCGGCAAUCGCCGAUAACGUCCAAGGCUCGCUGGUGACGGGUGAUGGGUUCUUCUUGCCCGUCACGAUCCUUCUUCCUGAUAUUCGGUACCCAUUGUGGCGCCUACCCCUCCGCGUGACCUUCGUCUUCAGCGGGACUAUUGAAGGAUACUGGAGGAGCAACAGAGGCACUGUCUACGGAAGCUGGCCGCAGACUCUCAUCGUGGAAAAAUUUCGACUGGUGGCUGGAAGGCCGUUCGCAGACCCCAACGAUCGUGACUACAAGUUCGCCGUCCCCCUUCAUGCGGGCGGAGACUGGGCGUGGACGAUUCGAGAUGAAUAUGAGAUUCCCUUAGCCGAGCCGAGAGCAGCUUUGGAGGGCGACAGGGCCAUCGGCGGCUGCGAGUCGGGUUUCCCCGCGCGGCCCGUCGGAGGCUCUGCUCCCUUUGUACAAGCGGCCGACGGCCUGGGAAUCGCCAACUCGUACAUUGACCUGUCGGCGACGGCCAAGACAUUCUAUGCCUACAAAAACGACAACUCGUACUGGGUCCUCUUCCCAGACGGAGUCAACGUGCAGAACCGGAUGAGCUACCCGACCACUAGCGAAGGUGUUAAUAUUUACAUAUUGAACACGGGCAUCCGGACGAUGCACGACGCCUUUCUGGACCACGACACGGGCCUGUCGAGAGCGCGCAACAUUAAGAACCUCAAGGAUUCUGACAACUUCAUCAGCCUCAAGGUCAUGAGCGAGGGGGGGUCGUCGCAUGGACUGCAAAAGGCCAUCAACGAUGUCAUCGAGGAGCAUACGCAAAACAGGGCUAGUAAUGUCCCUGGCUUCGAGGGCUCCGUCAUCAACAUGUCUUUAGGCUUAGGCGACUCGCCCUCCAUGAACUACGGCUAUCUCGUUACCACGUUUGCGCCGGGCUAG